GGUUUCUGUAGUCGGAUGGUUCUCAUUAACCUAAAAAUUCAGACGAUCCUCUUUCAGGUUUUCCGUUACACCAUCACCCUUGUCACUCAUAAAGCUGUGCUUCUGUUCCCAGUCAAAGUGAGGGCGUUCUCCUUGAACCAGGAGCUGAGACCGGCUAAUCGCAGCGUCUACCUGACAUUUAAGGACCCGGACCAUACAACAGUGGACAUUGUGGAGAUGGUCGAUGUGAACAAUGGAAUCCCAUCUCUGCAAAACCCCUUUAAGAUCCCCGUCAACCCAAAGUUGGGCAUUUGGUCCAUUGAAGCUUCUUACUCCAAUGAUUUCACCACAACAGCAACCACCGACUUUGAAGUUAGAGAAUACGUUCUUCCCAGUUUCUCCAUCCAAGUGGAACCAGAAGCAAAUUACAUCAGUCACAAUUUAUUCACCAGUUUCAACUUCAAGGUUUCAGCCAGGUAUCUCCACGGCGCUCCGGUGGCUGAUGGUGACGUGUUUCUGCGCUACGGCUAUGUUAGUGGGAAAAGUCCUCCAGUUAUCAUCCCAAACUCUAUCAUCAGAGAAAGUUUGUCCUCAGCAGGUGACGUGGAUGUGAAUGUUAAUAUGCAGAAGGUUCUGUCUGAAUACAAUGGACCAAAAGACCUCAACAGCCUGCUGGGGAAGUACCUGUACAUAGCUGUACUGGUGGAAGAGAGCACAGGUGGUAUUACUCAGGAGACCGAGUUUGCUGCAGUGAAGUUUGUCAAAUCA